GUGACAUGGAGGCCCACAAGAGGAAUAUCUUCCAUGACAGAGAGGCUGUGUUCAAUGGAUUUCUGGAGCCCAUUCCCCCUACAACUGCUGUGGUGGUGGAUGAAAAUGGCCAGCCUCAGUUUUGUGAACAAAUAUGUCAACUGCCCGUUCCUACUCCAAGGUCAAUCUGUGAAUGCUCUGAUGACGUCACAGUGACUCCUUGGAAGCAUAUUUCUGUGGUCACCAUCAACGGACGAUACAAUGUCUGCUUGCCUCGGAAAUCCUGUCCAUCCUGCUCUGCAGAAUGGACUCCUGAGGUUAAAGACCUGCUUUUGUAUCGGUACUGGCCAGCUAGCACCAGCUGCCAGACGCUUUACAAAUAUGACGUGUUCACCUCAUUGGAGCACAUGAAGGUGACAGCACCAGCCAUGUCCAGGCAGGCAUUUCUGAAAAUGUUGGAGCACAGAUCUGUUCAAGCUGGACGGACAGGUAUUAUCUGUGCUGAUACAUUUCAGCGAAGCUUCUUCGAGUUUAGCUUCUGUCAGUACAAACAAGAGGAUAUGUGCCAGGUCCAUCACUUUGUUUGUCCAGCAUGUUCUCCAGACAUGUUGGCUGUCUGCUGUGAUGGAAACCGCAAGCAUUACCGCUUUUCCAAGUCAAAAGGGACUGAGGAGCCGCCAAUCUAUGAGGGCUUGUUCCUGGCCAAGGAUGAGGAAGUCGCAACAUUUGUUGACCUUGUCAGAGGCAACAUGAAAAGUGGAAAUGACAGUGCCGUCUGUGGUACUGCCAAAUUCACCGCUGGCAGAGAGAUGUCAAAAAAGUCUGGUGCCCAGAUAGACGAGGAGGGCAUUCAAGUGGCAGUUUGCAGACAUGGGUUUCUCUUACGAGGACUGAACCACUUCCGUGGAGAAAUAUACGCGUACGCAAUGUUUCUCCAAAAAGAGAUGUCCAAGAAGGCAAAUGUUGACUUCUUCUGUAUGGAUGUAACAUGCAGGUACUGGCCAUACCUUAAUAAAAUAGCCGAGGGAUUACCAGAGCUUCUGCCGUUGACAGAAAUGAGGCCAUUUCUUAGCGUGAUGCAUGCUAAAGCCCAUACAGCAAAAUGCGAGGUGAGAUGGGGUGGCAGAAGUCAGGACGGGGCAGGAAACACAGUGGGAGAGGAAGUAGAGCAGGUAUGUUAUUAAUGGCAUUAUUAUAACUGUAUGGAUACAAGAGGUCUUAAUAGAAAGCAGUACAAAUAUGUAUGUGUCAUCUCAGUGACAAGCCUGUUGAUUAGUUUAAAGCAUAUCCUUUAUGUCUGAGUUCAAAUGAAAGAUAGGCA